AACCGGUUACAAUAGGCCGCGGGGCAUUGUGGGUUGUCGGCGUUACUUGCGGGCGACGAAGUGGGGCGAAGAAGCGACUGUUGUCGGGGUCCCCCGAGUGCCGUCCCCGUCCGACGGCGAGCGCUUCCGAUAGCGGCGGCUGCGGCUGUUGCAUUCGGCCCUGCUAUGUCCUUCAACAAAAUCCCACCGCGGUGGCUGAACUGCCCGAGGCGCGGACAGCCCGUGGCAGGAAUAUUUUUACCUCUGAAGACAAUGCUAGGACCAAAAUAUGAUGAUAAAGUUGCUGAAGAGUAUCGUUUCCAUCCCUUUAUGUUAUCCAACUAUUUAAAGAGUCUCAAGGUUAAAAUGGGCCUGUUAAUAGACUUGACAAACACCAGUAGGUUCUAUGACCGAAGUGAUGUAGAAAAAGAUGGCAUCGUAUAUGUAAAGCUUCAGUGUAAAGGGCACGGAGAGUGUCCCACGCCUGAAAACACAGAAACAUUCAUCCGUAUAUGUGAACAGUUCCGUAAUAAGAACCCAACAGAACUUAUAGGUGUUCACUGUACACAUGGUUUCAAUCGUACUGGAUUCCUUAUCUGUGCCUUUCUGGUUGAAAAGUUGGAUUGGAGUAUUGAAGCUUCUGUGGCUACUUUUGCUCAAGCCAGACCACCUGGUAUCUACAAAGGUGACUAUUUGAAAGAACUCUUCCGUCGUUACGGCGAUGUGGCUGAUACGCCAGCACCACCUCCUUUACCAGAAUGGUGCUUUGAGGAAGACGAUGAAGACGAGGAGGAAGAGAACUGCAAGCUGGGAACUCCAGAAUCGGAAGCUUGCUCGUCAACUUCCUUUUCUGGCAGAAAAAGAAAAGAACACUUAAAAUUGGGUGCUGUGUUUUUGGAAGGAAUAUCCGUUAAACGUGUAAUUCAAGUAACAACUCAACCAAGGUUAGGAGAAAUCCAACUUAAAUGCCAACAAUUUUGUGGCUGGAAAGGGACUGGAUUCCCUGGGGCGCAGCCUAUUUCCAUGGAUGAACAGAAUAUUAAAUUGUUAGAGCAGAAGCCAUACAAAGUAAGUUGGAAAGCAGAUGGAACUCGGUAUAUGAUGUUAAUUGAUGGUAAGAAGGAAGUUUAUAUGAUUGACAGAGAUAACUCUGUGUUUCAUGUGUCUAAUUUGGAGUUUCCGUUUCGUAAAGAUCCACGUGUGCAUUUAGAAAAUACUCUUUUGGAUGGGGAAAUGAUAAUUGACAAGGUAAAUGGUCAAGUAGUUCCUCGGUACUUGAUAUAUGACAUAAUAAAAUUCAAUGGACAACCAGUUGGAGAAUGUGAUUUUAAUAUUCGUCUGUCAUGUAUAGAAAAAGAGAUUAUACUCCCACGGCAUGAUAAAAUGAAGAAUGGUCAAAUUGACAAAGCACAAGAGCCUUUUAGUGUUCGUAACAAACCAUUUUUUGACAUCCACGUUGCAAAAAAGCUUCUUGAGGGAAAUUUUGCAAGAGAAGUCUCUCAUGAAGUGGAUGGACUAAUUUUUCAGCCUGUAGGAAAAUACAAGCCUGGGCGAUGUGAUGACAUUUUGAAAUGGAAGCCACCCAGUCUAAAUUCAGUGGAUUUUCGUCUAAAAUUAGCAAGAGUUGUUGGAGAAGGGCUUCUCCCAAGGAACGUCGGACUGCUUUAUGUUGGAAGUUUAGAUAGACCUUUUGCAGAAAUUAAGGUAACAAAAGACUUGAAGCAAUUUGAUAAUAAAAUAAUAGAAUGCAAGUUUGAAAACAACAGCUGGGUAUUUAUGAGACAAAGGCUAGACAAAAGUUUUCCCAAUGCUUACAGUACAGCAAUGGCUGUUUGCAACAGUAUACAACAUCCAGUGACAAAAGAAAUACUUUUUGAAUUCAUUGAAAAAUGCAUGACAGCAACUCCAGGACAACCACGUAAACAUCACCUCGAUCCUGACACUGAACUAAUGCCACCACCACCACCUAAAAGACCUCGGGUGUCGUAACAGAUCUCUUCAGAUCAAAAAAACAGUAGAAUUGUUUAGAAUUCUACAAGAUAAUAUGUAUGGUGUAAAUAUCCUGUAAAUACUUACGUGCAUUUUUUUUGGAAUGCCACACCACGAACUAAGAUUUGUUUUCUACUUGACAAGUUGAACAUUUUUCCAAAUUUGAAAAAUAUUUAAUCUAAAGGGAUGAUGUGGAAUCAGUGGAAAGCUAUUGUUUGGUAGGUAACUUUCAGAUUUGAUAUUUUAUACCAGCAAUCUGGAACUGUGAAGCCAUGAUAAAAAUGUCCUCCCCCCUUUUUUUAAAAAAAAAAAAAACAACCAGUAUUUCAGUAAGUGUGUGAAACUUAUUGCCUUGUUUUAUUUAGUUUAGUUCUUUCUUUUUUAAAAAUAAUUACAAAUGGUAAUGUAAUGUUCUUAAAUAAAAGUUUACCAGGUUUCACUAUUUUUUUAAAUACAGCCUUUUAUAUUAAAGACAUUACAAGGUCUUAUAUAAAAAUUGUAUUGGAUGUGCACUGAGUAUUUUUUUUUCCAGCUUGAACUAAACAUUUGCUGAAUCUGUUUUAAAACUAGAUUCUGCAUUAGGACCAAACAUAAACAGUCCUUGAUAUAAAAACUAUUUCUCAUUUCUGUACAAAUAAAUACAAGUUAUAUCAAAAUGUAUAUCAUUUGAGAUUCAUGAAGAUUAGCCAUUUUAACAAUAUAAUAUUAGUUUCUAGAAAGAAAUGAUAGAAGAAAAACCAGAAAAUAUGUUGGUGAUAUAUAAAAGUGACAUUUAGUCUCAAUUCCAGGAAGAAUGGCUAUUAGAACAGUUGAUAUAAAAGAAAAUAUUUUCAUGACGGAAGAUAGAAUGAUAAGCUUAAUUCAGUUUUAGUUCAGAUGUUCAGUUUUCAAAGCAAGAGUCAGUUUAGCUGAUUGCCAACAUCAUUCACAAUCGGGGGUUUUAAUUUUCUGGUUUAAAAUAAAUCAUGAUUAGCUGAAGCACAAUUAUGUUUUAUUCUGCCCCUAAAGCAUUUCAUUGACAUGGAGAACAAAGAUGUGUUUAAAGUGGAGAAAUACUUACAAGGGUAAACAUUUUCACAACUUGACUAUAAAAGAAACCAGCGGGCAUUUUAGCAGUAUUUAUGUAUAGAUCACAACUAUUUAAUCAACCUCUAAGCUGAAUAAAUUUGUUAGUAAUAUAGUGGUAGCCAAACAGAAUAUAUUAGAAACAUUUAGUGUAUAUUUUUAAAGUUUAAUAUUUUUCUUGAGUCUAAUAUAUGGAAAUGCAAUUUGUGCUUUGUUCAGUGCCCAUUUUGGGUCUAUAAAAAUAUUUAUCUUUCAGGCACUGAAGGAAAAAAUGUGGUUAAUUAUUUUAUGCAAUUAAAAUGCUAAAUAUAUUGUUUUAGUGUGCAGAAUAAGCUGAGAUUGGUGGAGGAAACUAAAAACAAUAAAAUGCUUAUCUAGAUAUAUUCAAAA